CAAAUCCGUCAUCUUUUGUGUUUGCUCUUGAUCUGUUUGGUGACUUUCUCCGUGAUUGUUUUUUGAACGAAAAAAGUGACGAAAAUGCAGAAAACAUACACAUUAAUUUAAAAAUUUUGUCAACGCUGCAUCAGUGCUAGAUUUAUAUUUUCGAGAUAUUCACAAUAUAUAAGUGACCGUGACGGGAUAGGUGCAUCGAAUAACCCUGCUCUGGUGGAAGAAUCAGUUUCAGAAUAAAAUUCGGUAAGCCGUUCCGAAGAGUAUCGGAAGUAAAUAAGGUUCUGUCAGCAAUGGACCAGGAAAACCUUUUUACUAGCGUCGAGGAGGAAUGUUUGUACUGGAAAGAGCGUUGUUUGAAAAUAAGUCAGGAGCGGAACGAUGUUCAGAGGGAAUUCGAUGAUUUUACGGAGGAGUCACGGCAACUGGAAGCGGAACUGGAAAUGACUGUUGAGCAACAGGAAAAGAAGAUCCGUGAUCUCAAUCAGCUGAUGGGUCAGCUUCGGGUUGAGUGUGAAUCAUAUAAACGAAAAGCGACCAACAGUGAGAACGAAUCGAACAAAAUCGAUGCGGACUACAAACAUUUGUUCAAGGAAAAUGAGAGAUUUAAGGUUUAUAUCCGUGAACUAGAGCAAAAGAAUGAUGAUCUAGAGCGUGCCAACCGUGUGGCGAGUGAAAGUGUUGCAGAAUUCGAAUCGAUGCUGAAUCAGGCUUAUGAGAAGAAUGCUCUCUUGGAACUCGAGGUGGACGAAAAAGAACGCAUGCAAAUAAAGUUGCAGAGACUUAUGGACGAGGCUCGAGAUUUAAAACAAGAGCUUAAAGUAAGACACGUACCUAAGAGUGACGAAGAUGGUGAAGUUAGUGACACUCACACUGGUGUCAUAUCGGAAGAUAAAAUACAAGAGGUGACCACCGAACCUAAAGCCGAUUUACCCAAUUCCAAUACCACCGCAAAUAUUAGCCUCUGUAGCAAUAAGCUGGAAAAUAUAAAUAACAAUAUCAACGUCAAGAAGACAGACUCAAACAUUGUAGCCCUAACGAAUUCGACUAGCAAACUCGACUUGGAAUCUACACUUGGAUCCAUAGACAAUGGAAGCAAUCAAAUUGAAGAUAGUUCACUGCAACAAAAAAUGAUCAUAGAGCGAAAUGGUAACAUCAACAGUAGUUCUGCUUUGGUUUCCAGUGUACUGAACGCCCCAAUGGCUCCAAGCGACCGUGUUUCUACUCUAAGUAUUGUGGCAGACCUACUUCGACGGUUGGAUAACAUGGAAGCUAAGCUAAAGGCUUGGAAAAUACGCAAACCAUCCUCUCGGACGAAUCUGGCUUCGAGUGGAAGCCACCGGCACAGCCACAAUCAGUUGAAUAAUCACAGCUUGCAACAUUCCCACCAUCAUCUCGCUAUACCGCCAGCUGCAAGUGGUGGAGAUGGCUUAAGUGCAUCUGGCCUUCCUGCCGACAGCACUGUCUCAUUGAAUUCCCUUGGCAGUGGCGACAGCUGUUGCAACGUUCAGCUGCACUCUUACCAGCCCGGUAUGGCCACCAUCGGGACGCAAACCUCCUCUCAACAGAUGUUACUUCAGGCGAAAACCGAGUUACGAACUAACAAAUAAGUUAAAAACGAUCCUCUUAGACCCUUUUAUGCGUACUUUUUAAAUUAAAUUAUUUAAUUUAAUGGCUACAUUUUUAUAAGUAUCUUCAAGGUGUGUUUGUACAUAGGCGUACCAGAAAAAGGGCACAGAGAGGUAGAAGACAAUGUUAUAAGACAGCAACAUGCAAACGCAACGAUUUGUUUAAAUUCUGUGUUUUGAAACGUAGAUCGAAUUCAAAAUCAUGUCUGUUCAUUUUGACCGUUCUAGUGCUAAUUAGCAGCGCCUUUACAUUUUAAAUACUUUUUUUUGAAUACGAUAAAUUCUAUUUUUUAUGAAAUAAACAUUUGUUUAUAUUUUUCAAAAAGUUAUAUAUCAAUAAAAAAUGUAAUCACGGAUGCAGUUAUACAAAAAUGGAACCCGAUUGAAAUAAAUGUAACAAAUGCACUUUUAUAAAAGUGUUCACUUUGUAUGCAGUCCUUAGACUCACUCAUAAAUUCUAGAAACACAAUCGCUGUCAAACCAAUAAAUAAUAUGCAAUUUGAAUAA